GCUCCCACCCUCCCACUCCAAAUCGCACGGCCCAGAUUUCUCCCGCCUGUCAUUAUAAGUUUAUAACCGUCCCUCAUUUCCAUUUCGUAAAACCCCCAUUGAAUCUGCUUAGGGUUUAAGUCUCUCACCGAAGCAGAGAAGGUUAUUGCAAUGGCUUUUUUUAGUAAAGUUGGGAAUAUUCUUAGACAGACUGCGUGCAAGCAGAUCAGCUCCGAAUUUGGUCCUUCAAAACUGUCUCUCUUUCAAGCUAUACGAUGCAUGACGUCCGGGCAAAGUUCUAAAGUCUUUGUAGGAGGUCUUUCAUUUGGCACGGAUGAGCAAGGUCUGAGGGAAGCUUUUUCCAAGUAUGGUGACGUCAUUGAAGCAAGAGUCAUUAUGGAUCGUGAAACUGGCAGAUCCAGAGGAUUUGGCUUUAUUACAUACACUUCUAGUGAGGAAGCUUCCAGUGCUAUCCAGGCCUUGGAUGGACAGGAUCUCCAUGGUCGUCGAGUACGGGUGAAUUAUGCUACUGAAAGGGCUCGGCCUAGCUUUGGUGGUGGUGGCUAUGGCGCUUAUGGCGGUGGAGGAGGCUAUGGUAACAAUGCUUAUGGUGGUGGCGGCGGCGGCGGUGGAUAUGGCUCGGGUGGUUAUGGGUCUGGUGGGAAUUAUCAAGGUGGUGGCGGUGGUGGUGGUGAUAGCUAUACCAGUAACUAUGGUGCUGACAGCUAUGGAAGUACUGGCACUGGUGGUGGUGGUGGCUAUAACAAGGGUGGUAAUUAUGCAGGUGGAAACACUUAUGAUGUUGGGAACAGUGGAGACUUUGGCAGUAGUGGUGGAAAUUACGGUGUUGCUGGUGGUGACGGUGGUAGUGAUAACCAUUUUGGCUCUGGUAACUUUGCCAGUGGAGGAUAUGGUGCAAGUGCUGGACAGGGGUUUGGUAGCAAUGAGAGCAGCAGCAUAGGUGGUGCAGCUGGAGAUUUAAGCCAGGAUGAACCAUUAGAGGGAAACCUAAGGGAUGACGAUGAUGAUACUGGUGAUUUUGCCAAAAGGGCCUGAGAAAAGCCUACGAACUUGCUUUUUGUCCAGUGUUCUUUGUUAUAGUCUUUUAGACCCCUGAACGACUUAUUUUAUUCUUGUUGGAUUUGGCUAUGAGAACUUGGAUUUGAUGCACUCUCAA